AUGUAUAGUGGGAUUUGCAUCUUCCUAUGCCUGGCGAUGUUGUCCCUGAACACCUUGGGACAGCAAACAUCUGGAUCUCACCAUGCAAUGACAAAUCUUGAGCAGAGCUUAAUAGAAAAUCACCGACAUGCCCGUAUUCCAACUUCAGGGAAACCUGUCCAGCUGAUAGAUGGCAGCAUUGACCAAAAGGCCAACCUUGGAGCUCUGUUAGCCAAAUAUCUCCAGCAAGCCCGAAGAGGUUCUACUGGAAAAGUCUCGGUGAUGGGGUUCCAGAAUUUUGACCCUACCCACAGGAUAAGGGAUAGGGACUACAUGGGCUGGAUGGAUUUUGGACGUCGCAGCGCUGAAGAAUAUGAAUAUUCCUCUUAA